AUGAUGAUGACAAAGGCAUUGCAAUUUGUUGAAGAUCCAGACAAAACGAUGACUUACAAAGUGCUAUUAUCAAGGAGAAUCAUAGAGUUUGUGACAAUCGAGGUAUCUGGCGGACCAAUUGAGCAGGAUCGUCCUUAUACACUGGGAGAUACCAAGAAGACAUUGCUGAAAGGUGGUGAAAUGCUUCAAGACACAUUACAACAAUAUCUUGACGCAUCUCUUGAAACAGUUAAAAAACUUAAAUUUUAUAUAAUGCAAAUAAUAG